UUUACAAAUUUGUUUCAUUUUAAUCCAAAACCAGUAAACACGCAACCUUCGCGCGAGCACAAAGGGAGAUCGAAGGCUCUCUCUCCCGCCCAUAACUCUCGUCCUUGACCUCACUGCCGAAAAUCUCGAACCCUCCUGCCUGUCCAAACCCUAACCUUCUCUAGAAUCUAGCUAUCCAAUCCAUCGCCAUCGCUGCGCAAUAUCUGAUGAACAACCGCCAGCUUGCUUAGGAAACACAUCCAAGAUUUUGUAGAAGAACUUUUAUCUACUUUGAGGGAUGCUUGGAUGUUCUGUUCUUGGAAUGGCAGGGCAUGGUUCUGGAUAUCUGUUUCUGGCCGUCACAUCCUUUUGGCUUUUUGAAGGAAUGAGGUGCCCUGGACAUGAUAUGGUAAGCUAGUUUUCACUUGAAAAUGGCGAGAGGUGGCAGGGGAAGACGCAGACUUGGAACCCGUAAGUACAGGUUAACUCCAUACCCGUUACCAUCUUAUCGUCGGGAGGUUGCAGAUAAAGAAUCACACCAGAAGAAAUGUUCCAAUGCUUCGGAGAAAAAAGACUGGGAAGAUGCGACAUGUUCAGUGUGCAUGGAAUACCCUCAUAAUGCUGUUCUCCUCCUCUGUUCCUCUCAUGACAAGGGAUGCCGUCCCUACAUGUGUGGUACCAGCUAUCGUUAUUCCAACUGCCUUGACCAGUUCAAGAAAGCACACACCAAAGUAAUGUCACCUCGCUCUGCACAACCAUGGCAUGGAUUGGCAGACAACCAUAACAGUGAUUCAGGUUCUGGUUGGCCCAAUGAGAAAUGUGAAGUAAUGGAACUAGCCUGCCCCCUUUGCCGAGGGCAGGUUAAAGGGUGGACUGUGGUAGAAUCUGCACGUGAGUAUCUUAAUGAGAAGAAAAGAAGCUGUACGCAGGAUGAAUGCUCAUUUGUUGGAACUUACAGAGAGCUCAGAAAGCAUGUGCGAGCAGAACACCCAUCCGCACGACCCCAUGAGGUGGACCCUGCGCUUGAACAAAAAUGGAGACGACUUGAACGUGAGAGAGAGCGUGAUGAUGUGAUCAGCACGAUAAGGUCAUCCAUGCCAGGGGCAAUGGUCCUGGGAGACUAUGUUAUAGAGGGAAAUCAUCGUGGCUUUGGUACCGAUAACAAUGGGGAUGCUGAUGAUGAUGAUGAUGGUUAUGAUGUUGAUUUAGGUGACAAUUUUCUUAAUUUAUUUCUUCUGUUCCAUCACAACAUGGGGAGCGUCAACAUUAACACACGCCUGAGGAGGUUGGAGAGGGGUUACCCCCGCACAUUGGAUGAAGAUGGUCGUGGUGGAAUCCCUCAUGUUGCUGCAGCUGGUGGUGCAGGAGAUAAUGAUUAUGUUGAUGAUGAUGAUGAUGAUGAUGAUGAUGAUGAUGAUGGUUCCCCUGCUGGUCGCCGCAGAGGCAGAGUUGUGGAGCUGGGGAGGUCACAGAGGAGGCUGAAUCGUAGAAAUCGGCAGAGAACAGGGAUAAGGUGACCAGAAAGAAUAAUUUUGGGGGGGGGGGGGGGCAGGAUCUUGUGUAGGUUUACUCGGUCGAAAUUCACAUUUGGCUGUCUUGUUCCCCUCAUCAGUACAUUGAUCUCAUUUAUUUGUGGAAUGCCAUGUUACAAUAUUACUGUUAAAAAUGAAAAAAAAUAGAAAAAAAUCAGCGCAUUUUUCUUUCCAUAUGUAUCUAUUUCUUGUCAAUUGUUUGACAAAAUAUUACCGUCACAAAG